AUGGCAGACAAUGAGACUGCGACUGACGCGUCGAGUCAAAAUCAAGACACAUUCACCACUUUGGGAUCUACUUUGAAUGCACCUGCUUCUGCUAGUAUAAUGGUCUUAAACAGCUCAAGCCUCAACCUACGGCCACCCUCCGUAAAUAUUGUAGAUACUUCCUCCAACACCAUUACCACUACGGCAAGCAAGGACAAUAUCACGACUAGCACAACCACUUCAACGCCUCAUAUUGCCCCAAUCCCACUACCACCGCUAGAAGGACUCGAAGAAAAAGAUCAACAGGAUACCGCAUUCACAGCCGUAGAAGAGCAAUUCCGUGAAUUCCUGCCAACUUUACAAGACGAUGAUUCACUAGCCAAAUUCCGUACCGAAUACGAGAAACUGCAUAGAGCUCUACUACGAUCACGAGCACAUUCACUUAAACUGUUUGGACAAUAUGAAGAGCUAUCUCGUGAGAAGAAUGCUAAUAUGGCCAGUACGCAGGAAGCUACACGUGCUGUUGCCCAGGAUCAAGAGACUGCAAGGCAGUUACGAGUCCAGAUUAAAAAGACAGAGGAAUCUGUUGCUACGAUACAGAAACGAGACGAAACUGUUAAGGAGGAGUUAAAGUCUCUGCAGAAUGAUGUAUCAAUGUUGGCAGCGUCCAUCAAGAAGGGUGUUACUCUGAGUGUCAUGCAGGAACGAACACUAGCUGAGCUAGCCCAGGUCAAAGAAACAUCCGCCCGUGAAUUAGAACAUGAGAUGGAAACCAUUGUUGCACUACGAGCACAGAUAGCCACCACCACCGAAUCCAUUCGUACUGCCGAUGGCCAGAAACGAGCGCUAGAACAAGAGAUAUACUCAUUACGUGAACGAAACUCUCAAAAGAAGUCUGAUAUUGAUGCUGAAACACGGACGAAGGAUCGUCUGGAACGUGAUUUGAGAGAGUUGAGAGCAGUCGUAUCCACCAAAUCGUCUGAGAUAAGGAAUAAACAGGAUGCUGUAUUACGAGCCACAGAUGAUGUCGCCAUACUAGAACAACAGAUCAAGUCACAAAAAGUCAUGGCUGAAAAGCUCGUCAAGGAUCAAGAGACUCUAGCUGCUCGAACAUUGAAACUCAAGGAAGAAUGUGAUGAGCAAGUCAACAUUACCAAUAUUUUAGUACAAGAAAACGAAUUCACGGCCAAAGAAGUACGAGCUAAAGAAAUGGAACAAUCAAAGAAUCGUGGUGAAAUGAAACGAGUCAAUAAGCUUCGAGAAGCUCUUGUCAAGAGGAAUCGAUACCUAGAGACCCAAAAGACUCAUGCCGAACAAGAACGUAAAUCCGUCCGAGAGCUACAUGACACGACAGUUGAACAAUGUGAAGUCGUGAAAAAGGAUACGGAUGCUAGUAAGAAAAUCAUUGAUGAUCUCGUACGAGAACGAGACAUUCUAUAUACAAGUCUUGGCAAAACUGUCGGCGAAGUACUUAAGACCAGUGCCCUCACAGCAAGCUACCAUCAAACCCGUCAUAAUAUUGAACUCGAAAUCCAAAGAUACCGUCGAGACUUGGCCUUCCAACAGAAGACGCUGAAGACAUUGAUUUCCGAACGAGAUUCCCUGAUUGCAGAAGCUGCCAAGCUCCAUGAGGAAGCCUCCGUAUGUCUACAAGAAAUCCAUACCAAGGAAGUCGAAACUGCCGAACAUAAACGUAAAAUGGGUCAAGCAAACACCAAACUUAAGCAUCAACAAAACCUAUACGAAGCAGUACAAAGUGAACGUAACCUCAACUCGAAACAGCUGCUUGACCUCCAAGCCGAAAUUGCAGAGCUAAGACGUAAAUUGAAACUGGCUAGUUUCCAAAUCAAUGGUCGUAAAGAAGAAAUCAAUUGCAAGAGUGAGGAAUUGUCUCGAGAGUCUAUAGAGUCUGCUCGUCUUUCAAAGGAUGUUGAUGCCAUACAAGAUGAAAUCAAGGCCUUGAAACAGCAGAAUGAAGUUGCUGCUGCUUAUAUGAAGACACAGAUUGCUGAAGAAGCCAAACUGCAUCACUUUGUGAAAGAGGCUGAUGUGGAACGUGCUAGACAGGAGAAUGCUUUGCAAGCUUUGCAGUCUGAACAAGGGAACCUGCAUGCUCGUAUAGUCAGAUUAAACGAUGAGCUAGCUCAAGUAUACGACAAGCUCAAACUGCAACGAACAACACUCUCUCGAGGAGAAGGUCACUAUCGAGAACGAAUCCACACAUUACGAGAACUCAAAUCCCAACUCCACAAGGCAUCACGAGACAAGUCACUCGCACUAGCGUUCUCAUCCGGAACCCAAGAUUUGAAAAAGAUGACUAUCAAACUCGAAGAAGCACUGAUCCGAGAACAAACUCGUAUCAAAGCCCUCGAAGAAGAGCUCGCAAACCCCGUCAACGUACACCGCUGGAGAACUCUCGAAUCCACCGACCCCAAAGCAUACGAAGCAAUCCAGCUGCUUCAAACUCUACAACGCAGACUCAUAUCCAAAGCCAAACAAGAUCGUGAAAAGGAAGACGCUAUCCGUGAAUGUGAGGAAACAUAUCUACGCCUCAAAUCAGUAUUACAGAAACACACUGCUGUCGAUUGGGAUGAGCGGACUGAGGAAUAUGCUAAAGAAGUCAAAGAUCGGAAUAUGAGAUUGGUGGCUCUUGAUGCUGAGAUGGAUAUGUAUAGAGCCAGAGCUAGAGAAGCACAGUAUGAGGUCGCGAGAUUGGACUUACAGCUUGAUGAGCUCAAGGGACAGUAUCUGGAGGCUAGGAAGCAGGCUGCCAUGUUGUUGAAUAAAGGAGAUACGCCGCCGCUGCCCCCUUUACCGGCUAUGAAUAAUAUUAGUACGAGUGGUGCUGCUUCUGCUGUUGCUAUAUAA